AUGCGUCGCGAAACAUCCGCACCCUGCGGCAAUGCAUACGCCAUCUCGGUAUAUCCCAGCGUCGUAUCCCUUCUCCUGCUCGAUGAACUCAUACAACUUGCCCCAUUAUUCUUUUCACUCGUCCAUAUUCACCUCAUCGCUCACGUAUACCUCCUCGAACGACACGCUUCUGCUCGUCGUCGCAUCGUCGAUCGACACCUUGUGCGAUCUCGUCAACUGCUGCGGCUAUCGCUCCUCGACAGAUGCCGCAAAGCAAAGAUCAAAUGCAACGGCAAACGUAAAGACGCACAAAACUGCUCGCGUUGCGAAGCAAAGGGCCUCGAAUGCAACUGGACCGCAUCCCGUCGAGGCAAAAAGCCCGGUACCAAAAAGUAA